CUCUCCCUCCUUCCCUUUGCGGCCCCAGAGGACCCCAGAGGCGGGUGCGGUGCCUCUGAAUCGCCUGGCCGCCUGCGAGGGAAGCGGCUUCUUUCCUCCGCGCAGCAUCCUCUCAGGAGGGAGGGAAGGAAGGAGGCAGGCUGAGAGAGCGAGAGGGCCAGCCGGCGGGCUUCUGUGGGAGGCUGCUGCUCUCUCUCUGUGAGUCUCGGCACACAUCCGUGGCCCUGGCAGGCUCCCCUCUCUCCGGGCGGGCGCUCUUCUUCUCUCCCUCCUCUUCACAACUGCACGGCCAGCGGUGGAGGCAGCGCCCGCCUCAGUAACAGCAGCAGCAGCAGCAAAGCGCGUGGCUCCCAAUUGCUCCCUCCUCUCCUCUCCCCGCCUCGCCCUCCUUCCUCCUCUUCCUUCGGAGGCACUUUGGGAGUUCCUUGCUUCCCUCCUCGCUCCGGGAGGGCGUCGUCACCGUCGGGGUCGAAAGAGGAGGCGAGGCCAAGGAGGGGCUCCGGCGUCCCUCCUCUGGAUGGAAGUUGAAGGGAAGCAACUCGGCAGCUUGAAGUGAUUUGGGGAGGAGGACAAGGAGAAGAAACAGAGGAGUUCAGCCAAGCCCUGGGUUCUCUCCUUCCCCGCCUUUUUUCUUUCUUUCUUCCCCCCCCCCCCUCCCCAUUUCGGAACUUUGCAGGAAAGCGCGCUUUCGAGGAAAACCCAAACCCGCUCCUUUGGCUUUUUUGGAUUGCCCCCGAGCCUGAGGCGCCUGCCUUUCUUUGGACCGGAGGGGAUUUUCGGGGCCUCCCCGCCUGCCUUCCUUUCUCCCUUCGUUCCCUCCUUCAGUCGCUACAUGGAGCUGCCAGGGUCCCGUCCAGGCUCUUCCUCCCCCUCGGCUGCGUUGUAGUCGCCUUAGACGGGAAAAAAAACACUCUCAACUUUGGGGACUCAUCUUUGUUUUCCCCCUUCUUUUUUCAUUUUGGGAUUGGAUUGCCUUUGAAUAUGUCAAGAUGGGGUUGCUGCUGACGCCGCUCCUGCUGUUUGGCAUCGUGCGUUUCCAUGUCGAGGGAUCUCGCCUUCGUCAAGAAGACUUUCCACCCCGAAUUGUAGAGCAUCCAUCAGAUGUAAUUGUUUCUAAAGGAGAGCCAACAACAUUGAACUGCAAGGCUGAAGGAAGGCCAACUCCCACAAUUGAAUGGUACAAAGAUGGAGAACGUGUAGAGACGGACAAAGAUGACCCCCGGUCGCAUCGCAUGCUGCUCCCUAGCGGAUCUUUAUUUUUCUUACGAAUUGUACAUGGACGCAGGAGUAAACCGGAUGAAGGAAGUUACGUUUGUGUUGCAAGGAACUAUCUGGGGGAAGCUGUGAGUCGUAAUGCUUCUCUGGAAGUAGCACUAUUACGAGAUGAUUUUCGCCAAAACCCCACAGAUGUUGUUGUGGCAGCAGGUGAACCAGCCAUUUUGGAGUGCCAACCCCCUCGAGGACAUCCUGAGCCCACUAUCUACUGGAAAAAAGACAAAAUCCGAAUUGAUGACAGAGAAGAGAGAAUCAGUAUACGAGGUGGUAAGCUUAUGAUUUCAAACACAAGAAAGAGUGAUGCUGGAAUGUACACAUGUGUUGGCACCAAUAUGGUUGGAGAACGGGACAGUGAUCCAGCAGAACUGACUGUCUUUGAACGACCCACAUUUCUCAGGAGACCAAUCAAUCAAGUAAUUUUGGAGGAGGAAGUUGUAGAAUUCAGAUGCCAAGUUCAAGGAGAUCCCCAGCCAACGGUGCGUUGGAAGAAAGAUGACAAUGACUUGCCAAGAGGAAGGUAUGACAUCAAAGAUGACUAUACCAUGCGUAUUAAAAAGGCUAUGAGUACAGAUGAGGGAACCUACACAUGCAUAGCCGAGAACAGAGUUGGAAAAGUUGAAGCAUCUGCUACUCUCACAGUUCGAGCUCGCCCUGUUGCACCUCCACAGUUUGUGGUCAGGCCACGUGAUCAGAUCGUAGCUCAAGGCCGAACAGUGACCUUUCCAUGUGAAACUAAAGGAAAUCCCCAGCCAGCUGUGUUUUGGCAAAAAGAAGGUAGCCAGAAUCUUCUCUUUCCAAACCAGCCUCUCCAGCCCAAUACCAGAUAUUCUGUAUCACCCACUGGGGAUCUCACUAUUACCAAUAUUCAGCGAACUGAUGCAGGCUAUUACAUCUGCCAAGCACUCACAGUUGCUGGAAGCAUUUUAGCAAAGGCACAAUUGGAAGUUACAGAUGUUUUAACAGACAGGCCUCCACCCAUCAUUCUUCAGGGACCAAUAAACCAGACAUUGGCAAUAGAUGGAACAGCUUUAUUGAAGUGCAAGGCUACUGGUGACCCAAUGCCUGUUAUCAGCUGGUUAAAAGAAGGAUUCCCUUUCCUGGGCAGAGAUCCAAGAGCAUCUAUUCAGGACCAAGGAACCUUGCAAAUUAAACCUUUACGGAUGUCUGACAUUGGGACAUAUACUUGUGUUGCCACGAGUUCAAGUGGAGAAACGUCCUGGAGUGCUGUGUUAGAUGUCACAGAAUCUGGGGGUGCAGUAGUCAGCAGAAAUUAUGAUUUAAAUGAUCUCCCUGGGCCACCAUCCAAGCCUCAGGUCACUGAUGUCACAAAAAACAGUGUCACCUUGUCUUGGCAGCCUGGCACUCCUGGAAACCUACCAACUAGUGCAUAUAUCAUUGAAGCAUUUAGUCAGUCGGUGAGCAAUAGCUGGCAAACAGUUGCUAAUCAUGUAAAAACAACACCCUACACUGUGAGAGGACUCCGUCCAAAUACAAUCUACUUAUUUAUGGUGAGAGCUAUCAACUCACAAGGUUUGAGUGACCCCAGCACCAUGUCAGAUCCUGUCCGAACCCAAGAUAUCAGCCCACCAGCACAAGGUGUAGAUCACAGACAGGUCCAAAAAGAGCUCGGAGACGUCAUUGUGAGGCUGCAUAAUCCUGUUGUUUUGACCCCUACCACCGUUCAAGUAACCUGGGCGGUUGACCGCCAAUCCCAGUUUAUUCAAGGUUAUCGAGUCAUAUAUCGUCAGACAUCAGGCCUACCUUCACCUUCUGCAUGGCAAACGCUGGAUGUCAAGGUUCCUACAGAGCGCAGUGCUGUCCUAGUCAACUUGAAAAAAGGAGUGACAUAUGAAAUAAAAGUCCGGCCUUAUUUCAAUGAGUUUCAAGGAAUGGACAGUGAAUCAAAAUCUGCUCGUACCACUGAAGAAGCUCCAAGCGCUCCUCCACAAUCUGUAACUGUCCUCACAGUUGGAAAUCAUAACAGCACCAGUAUCAGCAUUUCAUGGGAUCCUCCACCACCAGAUCACCAAAAUGGAAUAAUCCAAGAAUAUAGGAUCUGGUGCUUGGGCAAUGAAACCAAAUUUCAUAUAAACAAGACUGUAGAUGCAGCAAUUAGAUCUGUGGUAAUUGGUGGCCUGUUUCCAGGUAUUCAAUACAGAGUAGAAGUUGCAGCAAGUACCAGCGCUGGUAUUGGAGUGAAAAGUGAACCACAACCCAUAAUCAUUGGAGGUCGUAAUGAAGUUGUUAUCACAGAAAACAACAACAGCAUAACUGAACAAAUCACAGAUGUUGUCAAGCAACCUGCCUUUAUAGCUGGAAUUGGUGGCGCAUGUUGGGUAAUACUCAUGGGUUUCAGCAUCUGGCUGUAUUGGCGCAGAAAGAAAAGGAAGGGGCUCAGCAAUUAUGCAGUUCAGUCCUUCACCUUCACCCCAGCAGUUACUUUUCAAAGAGGAGAUGGAGGACUUAUGAGCAAUGGAAGUCGACCGGGCCUGUUAAAUGCAAGUGACCCCAGUUAUCCUUGGCUUGCGGAUUCUUGGCCAGCCACCAGCCUUCCAGUAAAUAACAGCACCAGUGGACCAAAUGAUCUUGGGAAUUUUGGGCGCGGAGAUGUGUUACCUCCAGUACCAUGCCAAGGGGAUAAAACUGCCACAAUGCUUUCUGAUGGAGCCAUUUAUAGCAGCAUUGACUUCACUACCAAAACUAGUUACAAUAGCUCCAGUCAAAUAACGCAGGCUACUCCAUAUGCCACAACACAAAUACUACAUUCCAACAGCAUCCAUGAACUGGCAGUGGAUUUACCAGACCCCCAGUGGAAAAGUUCAAUUCAGCAAAAAAGUGACCUGAUGGGAUUUGGAUACUCUCUACCUGAUCAAAACAAAGGCAACAAUGCUUUACUUUACAUCCCUGACUAUCGAUUGGCUGAGGGAUUGUCUAAUAGAAUGCCACACAACCAGUCACAGGAUUUCAGCACCACCAGCUCUCACAACAGCUCAGAAAGAAGUGGCAGCCUCUCAGGUGGGAAAGGAGGAAAGAAAAAGAAAAACAAAAAUACUUCCAAGCCUCAGAAAAACAAUGGGUCUACCUGGGCCAGUAUUCCUCUUCCACCCCCUCCGAUACAGCCUCUCCCAGGCACAGAACUGGAACACUAUGGGGUAGAUCAGCAAGAAGCAGGAUAUGACAGUGAUGGAUGGUGCCCACCUUUACCAGUCCAGACAUACUUGCAUCAGGGAAUGGAGGAUGAACUUGAAGAAGAAGAUGACAGAGUACCUACCCCUCCUGUUCGAGGAGUGGCUUCUUCGCCAGCCAUCUCCUUUGGGCAGCAGUCCACUGCAACACUAACACCCUCUCCAAGGGAGGAGAUGCAGCCCAUGCUUCAAGCCCACCUUGAUGAACUGACCAGGGCCUAUCAGUUUGAUAUAGCAAAGCAAGCAUGGCACAAUCAAAGCAAUAGCCAGCCACCUCAGACCCCAGUUCCACCAUUAGGAUAUGUAUCUGGAACUCUAAUAUCAGAUUUGGAAACAGAGAUUCCGGAAGAUGAAGAUGAGGAUGAUAUGGAAGAAGAGGCUAUAGAAAUCACAAGGCCACUGAGAGGACUAGAACAUACGCCAGGAUCCAGCAUGGACAAUCUAGACAGUACUGUGACAGGCAAACCAUAUUCCUCUCAGAGGCCUCGGCCAACCAGCCCAUUUUCAACUGACAGCAACACGAGUGCAGUCCAGAAUCAGAGUCAAAGGCCUAGGCCUACCAAAAAACACAAGGGGGGCAGAGUGGAACAUCCUCCAUUGCCUCAUCGUAGGGAAGGAAUGGCAGAUGAUCUACCACCACCACCAGACCCACCCCCUGGUCAGGGUAUAAGGCAACAGAUAGGUCCUGGGCAACGUGGAGGUUCAACAGAGAGAAAAGGAAGCUCUCUAGAACGACAGCAUACAUCUGCCAUAGAUGAAACAAAGAGCUCUUUGGAUCGUCAAACUAGAACGUCACUAGAGUGGCAACGACAGACCCAAGAAUGGAUAAGCUCUACAGAACUCCAAGGCCAGCAAAAGCAAGCAUUUGGAUCAGAAGAGGCCCUGGUGCCAUAUAGCAAGCCUAGCUUCCCAUCCCCAGGUGGUCACAGCUCUUCAGGUACAGCAUCUUCUAAAGGAUCUACUGGACCCAGAAAAGGAGAGGUCAUGCGAGGAGGUCAUCAGCGCAACACCAGUGACCUUAUUGAUGUAGGAUAUGUUGGAACAAACAAUCAAGGACAGUUUUCUGGUGAAUUAUAGUAGUUGAACAGAGGCAUCUCGAGCUGCUCUCAAGGGCCAUCAAGGUCUGAACUCAUGGAAGUGAUGACACUAAAACAGUGCAAUGAACAUUUUCUUUAUUUAUGUACUUACUAUUAAAAGAACUGUAAAUGCAAUGUAAAGACACACAGCCACACAUAUCCCACUGAUACUCAACUUGUGUUCUUCUCUUUAAUACACCUUCCACCUUAAUCUAUUUCUUACUAAGCAUAUAUAAAGAAAAUCACCCUCCAGGAUGAUAUGGAUUUCCCUUGUACAUAAUUUCUUUUUAUUGCAUUGCUAUGCAAGCUCACCUUCUUUUUAGCUAUGUUCAUAUUAUUGUCUGUUCUUAUGGUCUGUUGUAUUAUAUGUGAAUUAAUAGGCUGUGGUGCCAUAUAAUAACUUUUAAUUCUGUAACUUUUUUAUGUUUAAAGUUUGCACUGCAAUUUUUUGUUGGUGAUAAGCACAAAACUCUUACUCCUCGUGACAUGAAGAAGAAAAAAGACUGAAUGUGAAAGGAGUCUAUGUACUGUAAGCUAUGUCGGAUAAUGCUGGAUGUAAUGAAUUACGUUAGGUGGUUUUCCAUUUGGGUGUAGAAUUAGGAAGUUGACUGGCAAAACUGAUGUUAGCAAAGGCAUAUUGGGGCAUCGGGGUGGAAUCCUAUCAAAAAUAUUAAGCAACAAUGAUGCUUUUACCAUUUAAAAUGGGUGGGUCAUUUUAAACCAGAUUAGAAUAUGAUUGGUUUGCUCUUCCUUCCAGGAAGCAUGAACCAUAUGAACUAGAGGAAAAUCUAGCAAGAGUUAUAGGUGCAAUUUAUGACAGAGAUAUCCAAGCUGCUUCCAAAAAGGCUAGACUGUAGCCCUAUUUAGACAUUUUAACACAUAUACUCUCUGCCUGGGGGAAGGGAGAAUGGACACGAGUAUCCACCUCAUACCUGUUUUCAUGAACUUCCACAUGUUGAAUUUAUGCUAUGUAGUCUUCUUUUAUCCUUAAAGGCUCUCUACAUAAUUUAGAAUACAGGGAGAAAGAAUGGAUUGCAGAUUACGUGGGAGUAUCCAUGCAUACAAGGGUCUACACUAGAAAAAGUGUACAAAUGAAAGAUAACAAAAAGGGAGAUGAUAGAAGCAGAGCUAGCUACUUUGUGCACGGUCUUCUUUCUCGUCUAUACUUACUGACUACAAGCAUUAAUAUGCCUCAACAGGGCUUAUUUUAGUUCAUCUUUCCAAUACAUGUACAGUACAAUGAAAGGUGCAGAGUUGCAUCACUUGAAAUUCAUGACAUAAUUGUUUUUACACAGUCUAGACAUAUUUUAUUGUGUUUUAUUAUCUAAAACUGCUAGAAAUUGAAGCUCAGUUCAUUUGUACUUAAUCCAUUGAAAAGAAAGCAGUGAUAAAUCUGUGCUCAUUUUGAAUUGAAUGUCUUUUGCCAAUUCACUACAUCGUUGGAAAUUGGAUAGAAACAAGGAAAAGAAAACAUCUUUGAUAUGUUUUUGAUAAGUAAAAUUCAACCCUCUUCUUCUUAUGAAAACAUGAUGCAUGUUUAUACACUUUUCGAAUAAACCAAACUCUCUGUAAGUGGACAUUUACAAACGCAUCUUGUCUCAUCAUUAGUUCUCAUGGCUUUCUCCAGGUUUUUGACAGUAUUUUUAGUUUUUGUUUGGAAAUACUGUACCUGUAUCUCAAAUGCAUUAAAUAUUUGAUUUGAAGUUUACAUCACAGAGAUUAUUUCAUUUAGUCAUGUCAUUUUAACAGUCUCCAUUUAAACAUAUCUUACAUACAAUCAGUCCAUGUUGGUUGCUUUCAUACUUACACUCAUGUUAAAAGCAGUGCACCUUUAGAGCAUACAAAUACAUCUAUUAGAUAUUUGUUGCUUUUUAUUACAUUAUGUUUGGAUUGCUUAUAGGAUAGGACAUUUUCAGCACUGCAGUUAUCAAUUUAUCUCAUUUAUCUGAAGACAGGACAUUGGUGAACCAAAAAAAAAAGUCAGCACACAUCAACAAAAAGAUAUUUUUUAGCCUUUGUGAGCAAGGAAUUGACAUGAUAUUCCUGUUCAUUAAAAUGCUGGAUAUAGUUAAAGCCAUUGUUUUAUAAAUGUACAGAACAUUCAACAAAUGUAUAAAUGCCAUUCUUUUUUUUCCUGAAUUUAAUAUGUUAAUAUGAAGAUAGGCACCGUGUUCCAGCAAUAGUGAGGUCAGAAGCAGGUUUGUGUAAUAGAGAUCCAACAAAUUGCUUUGAAAGGAAGAAAAAUCUCAACAUCUCUAGCAACCUACCUGAGCUCUUGGCAUUAAAGGCACAGUCUUCUUACAACCAUAACAUUUGAUCAAUGCUGUGAGAAGAUACCACACGAAAUACUUCACAGCACAGGUCAAUUCUUAUGUAUGAAUAGGGAAAUAAAGGUAUGAUUCAGACUUGCGCCUCUUCUGCCAUUCCAGCUCAUCUGGUGAUCAGAGUUGCAAAGGGCUUCAGUCAGAAACCUGUGGUAGCACUGAUAGUUAAUUGAGAAGUUGAGAUAAUUCCUUCAGAGGUUCCUUUCCCCAACUGAAGACUCUUCUGAGUUACACAUGAUUUCUAUGCUCCAGCCAUACUUGUAUGUGCCUCAGCUUUUUCUGCUGUGGGCUAUUUUAUAAAUAAGGGUUCAUGUUUUAAAAAGCCCUACAAUGUGAUUUAGACUAUGAUCUUUACUAGCAAUCUUUAAUACUCAGCAAUCUGAAAUUUGAAGAAUCAGGACAAACAAAAGUUGGCUCAUGGUCUAACAGCAAUAGAUUCAUAAAGCAGUGAUAUAUGAGGAUAUCUGCAGCAGCUUAAGGAAACCACCCGAUAAAUAGAAAUGAUUUGUGAGAAACCAUCACUUGAAGCCAUUCCGAUUAUACAAUGGCUUUGAGCUUAAAGAUGUUUUUCAUGUUGCUCAAAGCGAACUGUGUAUUUGGAUUCAUGCUACUUUGGGUAAUAUCAUCGGUUUCCAUUCAUGAGGCAGAUCCACAAAUGCUAACCAUGUAAUCAGGCCUAAUUAUACCAAAGUGAAAAAAAAUUCUGAAGCAACUGCACAAGUGGGUCCUGCAACCAUACUUUUCCACAUAGUUUUAAAACAAGACCAUGUAGUUGAUCCAAAGUAUAAUAUGUACGUAGUAGGUCUGUUCUACCUCCAGAAUGCAUGGGAUUAAACAAUGUAUAUGCAGGAAGACUUUAAGGGCACACUGAAAGAGUUGAAGCUCCAUAUGCACUCUGUACAUGAGUUUCCUAUAUAUUAACUGGGUCUUUAAAACCUGUGUUGUGCUUUGGUGGGACAGCUUAUGGGGCAAUUUCCCUUCAAAAUUCAACUUGAGGAAAAGUAGCCAUCCCCAGUUCUUGAGAUGUAUGUCUUAAUAUUUUCAGUUGGCAAGUUUUGUGUCAGUAUUAAACCUGUGCGUUACUAUAAUAUCACUGUUUAUUAUUGGCUACUAUACAGUUGUACUUGCUGAGUUUUUUUAAAACAAGAUCCUAUGAAGAGGGUAUUUUAAUGUACAGCAAAUCCCCACUCAUUUGAAAAGUGGUUUUUCUCUUCUCUCCUUCUCUCUCCCACUGUAUCUCACUUAUUCAAUGUACUUCAAAUUAUCACAGAACAUAUUUUUAAAAUGUACUGUAAUUUACCAUUUUUAAAGAAAAAAGUUUUUUUCCUUUUAUAUAAUUGAAAUAUUUCUUGUGCAUAAUGUGUCUAAAGAAAAGGGGUGUAGUGGCAGCACUUAGAACUGUUUUCUAAUUUUUUUUAUAAAAUUGUUCAUUAACAAUGGUUUGUUCAGUCACACGCAAGAAGAUUAUGACCUCUUAAUGUGUUUCAUGUGUUAGUGAAGCAAAGUUUAAUGGGCAUAAAGUUGGUUAAUUGUAAUGUUAAGUGUGUAUUGUAUAUUUACUGGGGAAAAAUAAAACUUCCACAUUUCAAAUCCA